GUCGUCCCCAUUCGCGUCCUUAGACUUAGUGGUGACGGUGCGUGGUGACGGUUGUGGUGUCAGUGGUGGUGACCCCUCUUGUCUGAGUGGGAAUACUGUACUGGCGUUUAAGUGGUGACUUGAGAGUACCUUGGUCCUCCCAGUUUGGCUCCUGCUGUGGCGGAGUGAGAGCCAUCGUUCACCCGUUGCCAAGGUGGUGGGGGACCUGUUCCGUUCUUCGGGCCAUGAACGCGGGCGGUGACGGCGAUGUGCGAGAUCUGGUCGAGGGAAUAAGAGGAGACCUUAACGUGAUUCUUCAGCAUUUUGUAAACAGCACCUCAUGAUUAGAAAGUGAAAAAUUUCCUCGGUGUUUCUUACAGUCUUUGAGUUCCUUUUUUUUCUUCCGUGAAGAGAUGAAGAUCAUGAUGAAACAUUUCACAAUAUCCAGCCUUUUAUGGUGUUUGCUAAUGGGUGCAGCCGCUUCCUCUCCGACUGAGGAACGCCGUGAGUGCCCCCGAGACUGCGUGUGUGUGGACGCCCCUAUGAGAGCCGCAUCCUUCGUCCUCACUUGGAUGACCUCUUGGGGCGAGGACGAUCUGCCGGAAGUUCACCCUAAUGAGGCUGUCGAAGUUGCCGAUGGCGUGAAGUCCACUACGGCAGCGGACGCGGGAGUGAACGUUGACGUGGUCGGCCUACACGCUACGUGCGCUCUCAUGGCGGACACCAACCUCCUCCAGGAGCUGCCGUCGAGAACCAUGGUGCUGAGCGUACUACAAGCAGCUGGGAGUAAACUGGUGGUGCUGGAAGCAGAGCAUCUAUCCUCUCUUUCUAAUCUGCGCGCACUUCACCUACAAGGCUACGCUGUACGACGCGCCCGACAAGUCUCUGGUUAUAUGUCUAAUAAUGUUCUGGAAAUGGUGGGCCACAAGAAGAAAGCCGCGCAGAUCGAAGAGGAUCAGCAGAAUCUUACCCUGGCGAUAUCAGAAGAUGCUUUGAUGUCACUCAACCAACUCCAGCUGCUGGACCUACAGUUCGUGAGGCUCGUGGCUGCCAUGGAGGGAGGGCGUCCCAGGCGCCAGACUCGUCCACUGGCGACUUCAACACUUCUGGAUGUCCCUCUUUCUGAUUUCCUUUCGAUGACAGACCAGGUGCCAGACCUCAACCUUCCACCGGAACUGAAGGCCAGCGCUCCAGUCUCGUCCUCGCCACCUGAAUCGAGUGAAGAGAUCUUGUUCGUCCCUCUUGAUGGAGGAGAAGAGAGCGUCGUGCCGUAUGAGGUGUUUAAAGCAGAAUCGGAGACAGUCUUGGCUCCAUUCGCUGCGCAGUCAGAGCUGAAGUAUCUGCGAGUUGCUCAUGCUAAGUUGGACAGAGUUGGUCCCGAACUACUGACGGGACUUUCCAACCUCCAUACGCUCACCCUCGAGCAUAAUCACAUCAAAAUUUUGCCGCCUGCUAUGUUUACGCCCACGCCAAAUUUGCGCCAUCUUUCCCUUGCACACAACAACAUCCUCUCCCUUGAAGGUGAGAGUCUGGCUGGCCUCGAUAAUCUUCUCACCCUGGACCUCGACAGCAACAAGCUGGACAGACUCGGGCCAGCGAGUUUCCCUGGCCUUCCCAGCAUAGCGACCAUUCGCAUGAUUAAUAAUCCACUGACGCACAUCUUCCCCUUCACGUUCUCCAACGUCAAUGGAACUGAACAGCUUUUCAUCGGCUCGAGAGACGUAUCGGCCGAGCUACACACUGACACCUUCAGAGAACUUGACUCACUGACCACCCUAGUUAUAGAAAACACAACUCUUCUCUCACUCAGUCGAGCAAUGUUGGAGGGAAUGCCCAUCCUGAAGAACUUGUCUAUCCACGGCCAUGUGACCUACAUUGACUUCGAUGCUUUUACAGCCACACCCAAUCUCGAGACAUUAACACUUAGCCAUUCCCAUCUGAAAAAACUUUCUCUCGAUGCCUUCUUCGGUCUUAAGAACCUACAGUAUCUGGACCUCAGUCACAACGGCCUCGAUGAAAUAUCACCUGGAACAUUUGACCAUCUGACAAGCCUUCGUGAGCUGUAUCUACAUCAUAACAACCUCACCACUCUUCCUCUGGGCAUCUUUGUUCCUACUCCGGUGAAGUUGAUACAACUGCACGAGAAUCCAUGGCACUGCACGUGUGACCUAAUGCAGUUGCGACCUACUUUAACGAAUAAAGUCCGUCGUCGUCACAACAUGGUUUGCCGAUGGAAUGAGAAGCUGGGCACAGUGUGUACCAACGAGAAGCCAAUCCGACUGCGGUAUGAUAACAGAGUAGCUCCUCUAUGCAAGACGCCUUCGCAGUUCCAACACAACGAUAUCUUCCAAGUUACCCAUAAGCGCCUGAAGUGUCCUAAGCAUUUGUGGGAUCCUCAGCCCAAGCAUAAAAAGGUAACUGCUAAGCUCCCUGAUGAGGAGGAGGAAGAGGUAGAAAAUGAGGAAGAAAUCAUUGAAGAAGAAGAGCCGAACUGGUUGCCAUUGACCGCCUUCGCUUCUGCCCCUCGUGAAGUGAAAGAUCUCCUGGAAAUCGCAGAAGCAGAGAUGCCCGAAGACACGUAUGCCCCGGAGUCGACUGAAGAGGAAUCAGCUGAGAUUCCGCAGAGGGACGAAGCAGGUGAUACCAUUGAGUUAAUCAGCAUAGUUACAAUCAACAAUGGACAGGACUACCGUCGACAGAAGGAAGAAAUGAAGAGGCAAAUGGAGGAGGAAAGGCGAAAAGCAGCAGACAUUAAACUUAAGGAGAAACAACAACUUAAAUUGCAACUGUCCUUAGAAAAACAAAAAAUGAAAGAGAAGAUGGCAGCCGAGGCGGAGUUAGAGCGCCAAAGAAAAAGGAAUGAAAUGGAGGAAUUCCUAAAACAGCAAGAGCUUCAUCGCAUGAUGCAGGAGAGAGACUCGAACAGAAUGAUCUAGUUAGCAAAACCGGUCUUAUUUUAGUCGCACUUUUAAAUAUAAAUAGAAAUCAAGCCGUAGAAUAUGGAGACGUGACUUAAUUUUACGAACUUUAUUGAAAGGACAAUGGAUAAACCCAUCCGAAAUAAGUAAUAAAUGUCGUAAAAUAACGAAGUUAGAAUUAAGUGAGCAAAUCAGUUUAUGAAUACUAGAUGGGCCAUCGUGAAAAUCAUUCCAAAAAUGUCUUCAGAAAAUAUCUCCCUAAUCAAACAUAAUUUCUUUUUGUUUUUGUAGGUUAGACCAUAAACAGGCUAGUAUUUCCACUUACGGAUUACUUAGAUAAUUUAGGUAAUAUAUAAUGUACAAACCAUAGGACAUAAUUAAUAGGUGUUGUGACUAGUAUGAAUAACUGCAUUCCUAAAACAUCUAAAAGAGAGAGAGAGAGAGAGAGAGAGAGA